AUGGUCAAAGUUCAUUCAUAUCUCUGUAGGUUAGUGAUCAACAACAUGGAAAAUAAAUUAAAAUGCAAAAUAGGGCCUUCAAUUUUAAACGCAGAUCUAUCCCAAUUAUAUGUAGAAUCACAAAAAUUAUUAGAUAGCGGUGCUGACUAUUUACAUUUAGAUGUUAUGGACGGCAACUUUGUUCCUAACCUAACUUUUGGACACCCAGUAGUAAAAUGUUUAAGGAAAAAAAUACCAAAUGCCUUCUUUGAAACACAUAUGAUGGUUGCGAACCCAGAAAAGUGGAUUGAACCUAUGGCAGAAGCCAAUGUUAACUUAUACACAUUUCACAUAGAACCUGUAAUAAAUGAUGUUAUAAAAGUAUGUAGGAAAGUAAAAGAAGCAGGCAUGAAAGUUGGUUUAGCGUUAAAACCAGGCACAGGAAUUGAAGAUGUUAGGCAAUACAUAGACCAUGCGGAUAUCAUUUUGGUAAUGACUGUGGAACCUGGUUUUGGUGGCCAAAGGUUCAUGAGUGAUAUGAUGCCCAAAGUGCAAUGGUUGAGGCAUAAUUAUCCACUUUUAGAUAUUGAAGUAGAUGGAGGAGUUGGACUGAGUACAAUAACUGCUUGUGCAGAGGCAGGUGCAAAUAUGAUAGUAUCAGGUACAGCAAUAAUUGAGUCAAUCGACCAAGCGGCAGUGAUCGCUAGUUUACGUGAAACAGUGGAAAGCUCAAUCCACAAAUGCAACGUUUAA